AUGCCUCCGUCAAGAAAGCGUGGUCCAUAUAAAAAAUACUUCCUUCUGGGUAGCGAUCAUAAUGUCCCAAAACGAACGAGAAAUUAUUGGAAGGCUAGAGAAAAAGCUAAAGAAAACACUCAAGCUAGUGAUGUAAGAACUGAUCAUGAUGAUAAUAACUCCAUCCGAAAUUUAGUACUGGAUGUGAUUGAAAAUAUAUCUCAAGCCCCAGUCGAAUUAGAAACAGUGGAUGCAACUAAUCAUCUCCAUGAUGUGCUAAGAAAUUCAGGUGACACGGAUUCGGAUAAAAGUAGUUGUGAAUCUCAUGAAAACUAUUCUUCUGAAGCUGAAGAAAUUCAAUUAGAUGAAGAUCAUUAUAAUUAUUGCUACUAUUCUGGCAGCACUGACCAAGAAUCAGAAGUUUCAUCUGAAAGUGGAGAUGAAGAUCAUUCUGAUUGCUUCCCGCAAAAUAUUGACCAGAAUGUGAAUACCACACCUGGCUCACAAUUUAAUUCUUCCGAGGAAGCAGACGAUAUUUAUUUUGUAGUUGAUGCUAAUAGCUUUCAAAACUCAACAAAAUACAACAAUGAAGUUGUUACGCACAUAACUGAAUUAAUUGAUGCAAUAGCCGAUGAACCACUUAAUUUUACUUCAACUUAUUAUCUCAAAGAAAUAGUCAAUGAACAUUCAGUACCAAUUGAAAUCCAUCAUGUUUGCCCUUCAUGUUCAACUUAUAUUGGAUUAGAAUCAAUAGUUAGUGACGACAAUGUUAACAUGGACGAUGUUCCAGGCCAGGUUUUGUAUUAUGAUAAAUGUGAACUAAAUAUAAAUUGUUCUGAUAAUAAACAUUCUGGUAAUAUUAGGUAG